CAGCAUAGCGACUCCACACUCUGCUCUGUGUGUGUGUGUGUGUGUGCGUGCGUGCGCGCGUGUAUGUGUGUGUGCGCGGGGAGGCAACAUACAGCCUCGAGACCACUUCUCCCUCUUUUUUCUGUUACUUCAUUAACCCUUUAAAGCUGUAGUGUGACUGCUUGUGGCGUUUCUACCCCCCGCCUCUUUAAACUCGGCGUCUCCACUGCAGCUCCUUCUUGCUAAGUUGAAUCCAAACCGCCGGAGAGCCUCGUCCACAAGCUCGAUGUGUCUCCUGCAGGACAAUUCACACCUCUCCGGGCUUCUGCUCUUCGGAAUUCCCGCAACCGUUUUGUAGUUGAACUUUGCAGCAAAGAUCUUGCUGACUCCGUUUACCCUGCUGGUUUUAUACAAAUAUAUAUUUUUGUACUUUUCUUGUGGAAGUGAUGGCGGAGCAGCGCGCGCUCCUGCUCCUCUUUAUCACCUCUCUGUACUCGGGGGCUUCUCUUGCAGAUAAAGGUCCUGCAGUGAGGCCGUUCACUCGGCUGCUGUUCUCGGUGGAACCGGUGGAUGUUUCAGCUGUACGCGGUUUGCCGGCUGUGUUAAACUGUUCGGUGGUGAGCGAGUAUCCCGUGAGGGUGGAGUGGAAGAAGGAUGGAACGUUCCUCAACCUGGCGGCAGACGAGCGCAGACGCCUCCUCCCAGAUGGCUCUCUGUUCAUCAGCACCGUGGAGCACUCUGUUCACAACAAGCCUGACGAAGGCGUCUACCAGUGCGUGGCAUCCAUCGACAACCUGGGCACCAUCAUCAGCCGCUCCGCCCGAGUCACCGUGCCAGGUCUGCCGUAUUUCUCCAGCCAACCGGAGAGUGUGUCGGUACAUCCUGGGGGUAACGAGGUGCUAAUCUGUGAGGUGAGUGCGGAUCUUGCUCCCUUCACGCACUGGCAGAGGAACGGUCAGACUGUAGAGACGGACAUGCGGCUGAUAAAGCUGCCCAACUCUGCUCUGGUGAUCAGCAACGCUUCAGUGGCCGAUACCGGUGCGUAUCGAUGCAUCAUAGAGGGACUGGGAGCAGCCAAGACCAGCCAAGAUGCUCAGCUAGAGCUUUUACCAGACUCUGCUGUCGAUGAGAGAAUGGAAGUCCUAAUGGGCCCGUCUGCUGUGUCCAAGCCCGUAGGAGGGACGGUGCUACUGCCAUGUGUGGUGAAGGGCGUCCCACUCCCUGUCAUUCGCUGGACGUGGAACAGCAAGGUCAUUGAUGAGAGUGAUGAAAGGUUUGCUGUGAUUGGUGGAGGCAGCCUGCAGAUUGUCAAUCUGACUGAGGAUGAUGCUGGUACCUACAGCUGCCAGGCAGACAACGGCAAUGAGACCAUCGAAACCCAAGCAGAGCUUAAUGUGCAAGUUCCACCUCGGUUUAUAAAGAAGCCCUCGAACAUGUAUGCUCACGAGGCCAUGGAUAUUAUCUUUGAGUGCGAUGUUGUGGGUUCCCCAGCCCCAACGGUGAAGUGGGUGAAGAACGGAGAUGCAGUGAUCCCUAGCGACUACUUUAAAAUAGUGAAUCAGCAUGAUUUGCAGGUGCUGGGAUUGGUGAAGUCUGACGAGGGUUUUUAUCAGUGUGUGGCUGAGAACGAGGUCGGCAACACCCAGGCCAGCGCCCAGCUCAUCAUCCUGGACCUGAACGUUGCCCUCCCCACAUCUCCUGUCCCCUCACUGACCAGUGCCACUACUGACCAUGUAGACUCCGGGGAGCGUUCAGACUCCGUCCCAUCGCCACCGCGUGACCUUGUGGCUUCGCUCGUGUCUACUCGCUUCAUCAAACUCACUUGGAGGCUUCCGGUUGAGCCGCACGGAGACAACCUCACCUACUCUGUCUUCUACAGCCUCGAUGGAUCCAGUAGGGAGCGGGUUGAGAACACCACAGCUCCAGGAGAACUGCAGGUCACCAUCGACAACCUCGUCCCUGACACUAAGUACACAUUCAGGGUGGUGGCGUCCAACAGAAAUGGCCUGGGUGAAAGCUCUGCUCCUCUUACAGUGGCCACCCAGCCUGAAGUGCAAGUACCAGGACCUGCCCCCAAACUGCAGGCUGUGUCCAUCACACCCACUACUGUCACUUUGACCUGGGAGAGACCGCUCACAGGGAACGGGGAUAUCCAGACCUACAAACUCUACUACACCGAGAAAGGAAAGGACGUGGAACAGGACAUAGAUGUUGUCAGUUUGUCUUACACAAUGAUGGGACUGAAGAAGUUCACAGAAUACAGUUUCAGAGUCGUGGCUUACAACAAGCAUGGACCUGGAGUGUCUACUGACGACCUGACGGUCCACACCCUUUCUGAUGUUCCAGGCGCCGCACCUCAAAACGUCUCUCUUGAAGUGCAGAACUCGAGGAGCAUUUUGGUACGAUGGCAGCCUCCUCCUCCCGGCACGCAGAAUGGGGAGCUGACAGGUUAUAAGAUCCGCUACAGGAAAGCUGGGAGGAAAGGAGAUGCAGCUGAGAUCGUGACUAAUCAACUCUUUCAGCUUAUUGAUGGUUUAGAACGAGGAACCGAGUACUCCUUCCGGCUGUCAGCCAUCACAGUGAACGGCAGCGGCCCGGCAACCGAGUGGAUCUCUGUCGAGACCUUCGAGAACGACUUGGACGAGUCUCAGGUACCUGGAGUGCCCAGUUCGCUACACGUGCGUCCUUUGGUGAAUAGCAUCGUGGUGAGUUGGACACCUCCAGAAAACCAGGAUAUUGUCGUGAGAGGCUACAGCAUUGGCUAUGGGAUCGGCAGUCCUCACUCACAGACCAUUAAAGUGGACUACAAACAGCGCUACUACAGCAUUGAAAACCUGGACCCAAGCUCUCACUAUGUGAUCACACUGAAGGCCUUCAACAACAUGGGUGAGGGAAUACCUGUGUACGAGAGCGCCAUCACCAGGCCUCAGUCAGGUCCCAUAGAGCCAGAUAUUGAUUUAUUUAAAAUGUACCAUCAUACCCCUCACACCCCAGCACCCGAGCCUUCCCCCAUGCUUCCCCCAGUGGGCGUGCAGGCCUCUGUCAUCAGCCAUGAUGCCGUCAAAGUCUCCUGGGCCGAUAACUCGCUGUCCAAGAACCAGAAGAUCACCGACUCCAGAUAUUACACAGUUCGCUGGAAAACCAACAUCCCAGCCAACACCAAGUAUAAGGUUGCCAACACCACCACUUUAACAUACACAGUAACAAACCUGAAGCCCAACACGCUGUACGAGUUCUCGGUCAUGGUGACCAAGGGGCGGCGCAGCAGCACGUGGAGUAUGACGGCUCACGGCACCACCUUGGAGACACUUCCUACAUCUGCACCUAAAGACGUCACGGUGGUGAGUAAAGAAGGUCGUCCACGCACCAUUAACAUCAACUGGCAGCCGCCAUCAGAAGCCAACGGCAAAAUCACAGGCUACAUCAUUUACUACAGUACGGAUGCGAACGCUGAGGUACACGACUGGGUUGUAGAGCCGGUGAUGGGGAACAGACUGACCCACCAGAUCCAGGAGCUCACGCUAGACACCAUGUAUUACUUUAAGAUCCAGGCGCGCAACUCGAAAGGCAUGGGGCCGCUCUCGGACACAGUGCACUUCCGCACACCAAAAGCUGAGCCCUCAGACAAAAUGUCAAGUGAUCAAGUAGGUUUACCAGGGAAGCCAGGUGGACGUUCUCCCUUGCCAGAUCAUGGGUUUGGGUCCUCCUUAGAUAAGCCAGGAAUCACAGGCAGUCAGGAGAAUCAUAUCCUAGUGAUCAUCAUCAUCGUUUCUGUGGGAGCGUUCACCAUCAUCACUGUGGUAGUGGGUGCAGUCCUGUGUACACGCCACUCCAACUCCCAUCAGAAAAAGAAGCGUGCUGCCAGUAAGUCUAGUAAUGCCUCUCACAAGUACAAAAGCACCUCUAAAGACCUGAAGCCUCCGGACUUGUGGAUCCAUCACGAGCGGCUGGAGAUGAAGUCGAUAGACAAAUCACCUGAGCCUAACGUGGUGAUGACGGAGACGCCCAUCCCCCGCAGCACACACGAGCCCUCCAGCGGCGACGCUGCACACCAAAGACAAAACACCUACCGAGGUCAUGAGGUUGAGGAGAGCGUGUCUACACUAGCAGGAAGAAGAGGAGUGCGACCCAAAAUAAUGAUGCCCUUCGACUCACAGCCUCCACAACCUGUUAUUAGCGCACAUCCCAUCCACUCUCUCGACCACCUUCAUCAUCACCAUCAUCAUCACUUUCACCCUCCACCGCGUGGUUACCUCCAUCACCAGAUCAGUCUGAGGGCUCCUGCUACGCCCUCGUCCUCUGGCUCUUAUUUAGACAGACCUUCUUCUUCAGAAUCUAUAAGGACUCAGCUGCCUGCCCCUGAGCUGCCGGUGGCCUCCAGCACAGCUGACCUGCAGCACACAGAGGUUCUGAUUAAAGAGGACGAGUCACACUGCUAUAAACCUCCCACAGCCCAUGUCCACCCCACACACCCCAUGAAGAGCUUCACCGUCCCCACUGUCACUGUGUCCACUCACAGCACACCCAGCUCUGCCCUGCCCUGCACCGUGCUCAUGCCCCCACCAGUUCCCGGUGUAAAGACGGCAUGUAUCGGCACCCUGAGCAGAGCUCGCGCCCCUGUGGCCGUCACCGUGCCCAGUGCUCCUGACCAAUCAGAAACCAGCAAGAUGCUGCCACAGAAAGAGUCUUUCCAUUGAUACAUGUCUCCCAGUCUCCCUUUCUCCAUUUUCCAUCCUCUCCACCUGCUCUCGUAUCUACCUCCAUCAUCCUUUAUCGCACGCUCCGUGUCUCUCGCUUCCUCGUCUCCUCUCACACCACAUCCUUUGCUGUGGCCAUAACUCUAACCCCAGCGCUCCCCUGCAUGCCUCUCUCUCUCUCUCUCUCUCUCUUUCUCUCUCUCUCUAAGGCCUACAGGACAGAUGAGCUGUCAGAAGAAAUGGCACAUCUGGAGGGCUUGAUGAAAGACCUGAACGCCAUCACGACGGCCUGACUGCAUCCACAACAUCCACACAGACCCAACAUAAACUCUGAGAAAAGACUCGCAGCUUUGAAAGGAACCAGCAACACUUUAUUUUCUGAGCUCCGGAACGAGGGAUGUGAGAGGACGUGUACUUGGUUGCGGGUUUCUCGGGAUCAGCAGGCAGGGUUGCAGAGGAAAAAGCACUGCGACGAGACAUUUGACUAAUCAAAAACCAUGUACUCUUGAGGAAACUGGAUAUUUUUAAUGUUGUAGUUUUUCGCAAUUUCACAUAGAUAUUUUUUGUGUUUUUGUUUCUGUGUAUAUGUACACAGUAUGUAUAUAUUAUUUUUCUUCUUUACAUUUCACGUGUUCAUUCAUAAAUCCAGACAUGCCGUUUGAAAGGCGUGGAUUUGUGUGGACUGCGUUUAAAGCGGCCAUGCCGUUUACAUUUACAUUUCCUUCCACGUAAAAAGGGAGUACGUGUUUGUUCAUGGGUAUCAAAAAAAUCAAACAACGAAUAUGUUGCUUGGACUACAGACAGACGAUGAUGUGUGACGACAGACGAUGAUGUGUGAAUGUUCCAAGGGAAACUUGUAGCAUGAAUCUCGAAAUAUGCAUCAUAAAUUAUAUGACAGGAGAUGACAUACAGGAUACUGAUAUGUAUAGUAGGAUGUAAAGGCUAUUUUUGUUAAUUAAAAGAAAAAAAUCGUUGCAUCAAGUCUACAGUGCUGUAGUCGCAGUACACGGAUGGCCAGAGCGUCACCUUUAACACCUCCUCUGCUCACGAGUCAAGACCAUCUGCACGAGCUGAAGCACAAACUGAAUGAUGUCAAUAGCUUUUUCUGACCCGAAGCAGUUCAGUGACUUUAAGAGAAUCUACCGAAUUUCUCCUUUCUACAUUUCCAAAAGACACUUUUUAUACUUUUUUUUUAUUAUUAAAAAGGAAAGUACAGUGAUUUGUAAAUUAUGAUGAACAAGGGUUCUUUUCACCAACUUUCUGUUCCGCGACUCUUCCUGUCUAACGACAGAUCAUAUAAACGUUAGAGCCGUCUCCAUGUACAUCGCCUCAUACAAAUGAAUGUUAACGUGACGGUAAGAAAUUCUGCUAGUGCUUGUAAGUGUUUGGGGAUGAAGAUGCCGAACUGUCGAAAUGUUUGCUGAACCAUUAAAAACUUCAUUUGCACAUUUUCUAUGGAGUUUAAAAAGGAAACACUGAUGUCAUGUAAAAAAAAAAACCAACCUAUUUUCUGUAAUAACGAAGCCAGUUUUCUGAACACUGUCGUUGGAUUUGACCUUGUACUACAGACUCAUAUUGAUUAUUUUCGUUGUUGUACAAUGAUGUGACAGUCCAGUGAAAAUGUUGUUAAGGGAAAAAAAAAUACAUUUUUUGUAAUUCGUCUUAACUUUUUCGCAAGCUGUAUUCCUUUA